GCUACUACGUCACCAGCGUCUGGCUCCCCGACAUGGCGGAUUUUGAUAUCAUUUAUGAGCUAGAAGACGAAGACGAUGACCGUGUAGUCAGUGAAGAGCACCUGCCCAGAUACUGCCCGGAGCCGGUGGUGAUGCGAGGGGCCGGACACAUCACUGUGUUCGGACUGAGUAACAGAUUUGACUCAGAGUUUCCCUCCAUUCUCACGGGAAAGGUAGCACCAGAAGAAUUCAAAACCAGCAUAAGCAGAGUGAAUUCUUGCUUGAAGAAGAACCUGCCUGUGAAUGUGAAGUGGCUUCUCUGCGGCUGCUUGUGCUGCUGCUGCACGGUGGGCUGCAGUCUGUGGCCGGUCAUCUGCCUCAACAAGAGGACAAGAAGAUCCAUUCAGAAGCUGUUAGAGUGGGAGAAUAACAGACUAUACCACAAGCUGGGGCUGCACUGGAAGCUCAGCAAAAGAAAAUGCGAAAGCAGCAACAUGAUGGAAUAUGUGAUUCUUAUAGAAUUCUUACCCAAAUACCCUAUAUUCCGCCCAGACUGAGGACGCCUGCGCUGCCUGGACAGACACGCAGCCCCUUCAAUCUCCUCCUUAGUGCCUUGUAUAUAUAUAUAUAUACAUUCUGUUGGGAUGAGGGUCUUUGCCUGGGACUCUCCUUUGUACAGUACAACCUUUGCAACACUGUCACUUUGCUUUGGAGCAGAUUUUGCACAUUUCCCGACAGAUCCGGACAUGUUGUUGCACUCUGAGGUGUUUCUGUUACGUGUGACAAAAAAAAAAAAGUGCAUUUACCCCAAAGAUCCAUCAGCGUGAAUCCCGUCGGUCGAUCCUGUUACCCUGGGAAUGCCUUACGUUUGAGGUCGAGUUCAAAACCGGUGGUUUCCUUCUUCACCGAUCCAGUCGUGUAGAAGUUGAAUUGGCCUAACGUACGAUGUACGUGUGUUCCAGCCCCCUGUACGUGGGACGUAGAAGAACUUGAGCUGUAAAUAGAGUGUACAGUGGGAGACCAGUGUUUACAUGAUAACUUUAGCUAUUUUGUGUUUUUAUUUGCCAAGAUAUUAUUGUACCUAGAUUUGAUUAACAAAGGAGAUAUCUUUACAUAUGUUUCUAGCUAGUAUGGACCUGUUUACCUUGUAAGCCAUAGUUGUGACGUUUGAUGCCAGAUGUAGAACCGAGAAUUGCACUUGAGUCCGGCUGGAUUUUUGACCCACAAUCAUGACGAAGAGUGGUCCAGUGGAGACUUCAGUUUUUUUUGUUUUGUUUUCUUGCCAAUUAAGGUGUCGAGUGAACGUGCCACACUUCAAAAUGAGAAGAUUUUUCACCUGUGGCCCUCAUUGAUAAUUUUUCAAACAGUUUUGUGUUACCUCUCCAGAUUUUAUCCUGUAGCUCCUUCUAGUCCUACAAGUGUCAUUUCCUCCCAUCUCCACUGCUGAAUUUACAUUUCAAGACUUUGAAUACUGAAACACAAACUCCUUGUCUUCUCUGCAACAUGAUUUGAAGUAGAUUCCGGGGUGAAUUUUACUCUGAAGUAUUACCACAUUUAGCCUUGGUAGUAACAUUACAUGAGGUUACUGCAGUUGUGUCCUGCCAAAACAUACUUGUUCAUUAUGGCCAAAUUGAGAAGUGUUUUAUGUUUUAUGUUCUGCUGAGCUCAGUAAUACUAAAUCAAAACUUGGUUUCCGACUUUUCCGCUAAAACAUACAAAAAUGACUCGCUCUCUUGUUGUUGAUUUAACUUUACACCGCAUUGAUAACAUACUUAUUCAGCAUUACACUCUUGAAUGUUUCACUGUCGAUGCUUGAUGAUGAUAAUGUAUAAAUAAUAUAGUCAUGUGGAUGAUGUGAGAUCGACCAUGUAACAGUGUAACAGAAUGUUUGACUACUUUAAACAAUUUAAUGGUCUUCAGUCUAAGUGCAGAGAUGUGGUCAAGCCAGCUGUAAUUGUUCAUUAUCCAUGGCAACACAGUACAGUCAUGAUAUACACUUAAAACAGAUUCAUGGUUAUUGUUAAAUUACUUGGCGAACGUUUCAACCACGACAUGACUGUUGUAUUUGAACUUUUAUAACUUUUAAAUUAAGUAGUUAAUGACCAAAAACUGUUGUUCACUUUAACCAUUUUCAAUCAACACAAAAACAUGUUAAUGCAGCCUGGAUUCGAUUCUGUUUUGUUUGCCACGGUUCAGAGCUCCGACACAAGCAAAUCUAAGCAAUAAUAUUAACGCAUUAAAGUCCCAUCCGGAUACCUGCCAAAAUGCUUUGAACCGAUGCUGUGAUCCGACAUUGACUUGCCUGAAAACACAAUUAUUUUGUUGCUAAUAUUUAACGUUUGAAUCAUCUAACAAAGCCUCUGAGUUGCUUUUAUUAUCUCUGUCAUAUUCAAGGACAAAGUUAGAGUACAGUGUGUGAAGACUCCCACUUUCUCAGUAAAGUAUUGCACUAUUUGAAUCCUAUGUUUAGAAAGCUCUUCCUCUAAUAAUGGCACCGGUUUGGAGCCUUGCUCAAGGGCAGCUCUGAACUGAACUAUGUACUAUUCCAUUUCAGUUAGCCUCCUGCUAAAUUUCAACUCAAAUGUAGCAGUUAUGAUCCACGAUUUCUCACAGUGACUGGGCUGGUGCAGAUGAACAUUUCAGAAUCGGAGGAUCCUUGCAGUCUGAAUCAUGGAAAAGGUGGAAUUCUGUUCUCUUGUACUAUAACAGGAUUCAACCCCACCCAGUAUUGUCUGCUCACUCCCUGUAAAUGUCAAUUUUAAUGACCUUGAAGGAGAGUAAUAAAUGUUGAUUUUGAUAUUU